UUUUGCGUUACCAUUCAGGAGCUAUUUUUUUUACUAAAAAUCUCACGAUAGUGCUGUGAAUCGAACAUGUAACAUGUGGGAUGCUUUUUUGGACAGAACCAGCCAGUCAUGUACGGUAGUCAAUACCUCCGAGGCUAAAAGCUUUUUCAAGAAGAAAAACGACUUGCUCUCCGUAGAAUACCUGAACUACAUACACAAGGACACUCUCAGCUAUUUGGACCACUAUCCCAUGAAAAAUUCGAAAGUCGAAACAAAAAAGGUGCAAAAUGCUCAGAAGAAAAAACCCACGAAGCCUGUGCCAGUGUACUACAGAGUCCAAGUCGAAGCUGCAGACCAGAAGAGACCUAAAACAGUCCCGAAAUGCAAGGGAACAGAAGAAUGCAAGUGCGGGGUGAAAUGCCACAGGCCAGGGGAACUGGAAAAGUUGCGGAAAAACAUCGUCUCGCUGCUCUCCAAACCAGCUCCAGCAACCAGCCUGUACAAAAAAGCACCUCAGCCUCCUUUGCGGGAAAAACCGUUGCCAAAACCUUUGACAAGUAUCGCCGAGGUCAGAACUGUUCCUCAAAAACCACUAGAGAUAUCGGAAAAAACCUUCGUCACCUCUGAUGAGGAAUCACCUGAGAAAGACAAUCAGCCGAGAAGCUCGGUCCAAGAAGUUCCGGUUGUUGACUUGAAGGGUUCUGGAGAGAAGAAGCGAUUAAGUUCUGAUAAAGGUCUCGGAUUACUGCUCAAGAAAUAUCUGUACCACCAUGGGGUUGGUUUAGGGGUGGUGUACAAAUUAUUUAAGUAUGGUGAAAAAGGAUCCGGUACCCACACCAGGUCCGGGGAAGCCGAGGAUUUUUACAAAUUGCGCGACCAGUGCCUUCAAAACGGAACUCUCUACGAAGAUCCCGAUUUUCCAGCCGUGGAUAGUUCCUUAUUCUACAGCCAGAGACCAGACAGAUAUUAUGAAUGGAAAAGACCUGCAGAAAUCGUGAAUGAUCCGCAAUUUUUCGUGGAAGGCUACUCCCGAUUUGAUGUGCAGCAAGGAGAGUUGGGAGACUGUUGGUUGCUAGCAGCAGCAGCAAACCUGACCCUGUACAGGCGAUUGUUCUUCCAAAUUGUACCUGAUGAUCAAGAUUUCGAUGACAAGUAUGCUGGUAUCUUCCAUUUCAGAUUUUGGCAAUAUGGAAAAUGGAUAGAAGUUACGAUAGAUGACAGGCUACCCACUUACAGAGGACAACUAAUUUACCUACACUCAACUGAAGAAAACGAAUUCUGGAGUGCCUUGCUUGAAAAAGCGUAUGCCAAGUUACAUGGUUCUUAUGAAGCUCUAAAAGGCGGUUCGACUUGUGAGGCCAUGGAAGAUUUCACAGGUGGUGUUACAGAAAUGUACGAGUUGAAGGCUAGUCCACCAAAUUUGUUUCAAAUUAUCUUGAAAGCCUAUGAAAGAUCAUCGUUGAUGGGAUGUUCCAUAGAGCCUGAUCCCGAAGUAGUGGAAGCAGAAACUCCAGAAGGUCUCGUUCGCGGUCAUGCGUACAGCAUAACUAGAGUACAAUAUGUCGAUAUACAAACACCGAACGUCUCAGGAAAAAUUCCAUUGCUGAGGCUACGUAACCCCUGGGGCAAUGAAUCUGAAUGGAAUGGUCCAUGGAGCGACAAUGCUCCAGAAUGGCGGUUCAUCUCGGAAUCGGAAAAAGAAGAGCUCGGGCUGACGUUCGACAACGACGGAGAAUUCUGGAUGGCGUUCAAAGAUUUCCAGCGAAGUUUCAGCAGAUUGGAGAUCUGCAAUUUGAAUCCGGACUCUUUGUCAAAUGAGGAACUCAAGGAGGGGAACAAAAAACGAUGGGAGAUGUCGAUGUACGAGGGCGAAUGGGUUAGAGGAGUGACGGCCGGAGGAUGUAGGAACUUUUUAGAAUCUUUUUGGCACAAUCCCCAAUACAGAAUAACGCUGACUGAAGUGGACGAGGGUGAUGAUAAUGAUGGGGAAUGCACAAUGAUUGUCGGCCUGAUGCAAAAAAACAGGAGACUGAUUACUCAUAGGACAGGUGUUGAUUUGCUGACAGUAGGAUUCGCGAUAUAUCAUCUACCGAAUCCGGACAGAGUCCCCAAACCGUUGGACCUCAACUUCUUCAAAUACAACGCCGCGAUUGCCAGAUCUCCCUCCUUCAUCAACCUGCGCGAGGUCAGCUGCCGCUUCAAACUGCCCCCCGGCACCUACUGCAUCGUUCCCUCCACCUUCGAUCCCAACGAGGAGGGGGAAUUUCUCCUGAGAGUCUUCACGGAGAAGGAGAACAUCAUGGAGGAAAAUGAUGAUCAAGUAGGCUAUGGAGAAGUUGACAUCAAAGUCGUUCAGGAACCGACUGAUGUUGAAAAAGAAGAAACCGACAAAGUCUAUGAAUUCUUUAAAAAGUUGGCAGGCGAGGACCAAGAAGUCGAUUGGAUGGAGUUGAAAGAAGUGCUAGAUUUUGCCUUGAAAACAGAGCUGAAGUUUGGGGGCUUUUCAAAAGACAUUUGCAGAAGUAUGGUCGCCAUGUUGGAUUCUGAUCGGUCUGGAAAACUAGGUUACAAAGAAUUCAAAAAUUUGUGGAUAUCUAUAAUAAAGUGGAAGAACGUGUGGAUGGUGUAUGAUACUGACAAAUCAGGGACUUUCAGUGGAUUUGAACUAAGAGAAGCUUUGAAUUCGGCUGGAUAUAGACUGAACAAUAGAGUUUUAUCUGUUCUCAUGCACCGAUAUGGAAACAAACUUGGUCAAAUCAACUUUGAUGACUUUAUGUUGUGCUCCAUCAAAUUGAAAACGAUGUUGGAUAUUUUUGAUGAAAAUAAGGAUCCUGAAAAAUCGAACACUGCAACUUUCUCCAUGGAGGAAUGGUUGGAAAAUACUUUAUAUACUUGAAAAUCAAUCAUCACUGUAAACACACAAAUAUUUUUCCGAUAUUACAUAAAUAUCUUCAUACUUUUCAUUGAAUCUUACUAUAUACUCUAUUUUUCAAUAUUCACCAAAAAGUGUUAUUCGAGUCAUAUAAGCACACAUUUACCA